AUGUCCCAAUACGACGUUGAACCUCUCAUGUCCAAGGCCUCGAUUUUGGCCAAGUAUGCCAAUCUUGAACCUUUAGAUACCAAGGUAAUGGCUGAAUAUAUCUGGAUUGAUGGAUUCAACCACCUUCGCAGCAAAACCAUGACCCUUGAAGAAAAACCAAAGUCUUUGGAUGACUUGCGCGUUUGGAAUUUCGACGGGUCUUCCACCGGCCAAGCCCCUGGUAAUGACUCUGAUACCCUUUUGAAACCCAUUGCUAUGUAUAGAGAUCCCAUCCGUCGUGGCGAUAACAUUCUCGUUCUCUCCGCUUGUUACAAGGCCGAUGGCUCUGCUAACCACUUCAAUCACCGUGAUGCUUGCGUCAAGCUUAUGGAAAAGCAUGCCGACCAGGAUAUCUGGUUUGGCAUUGAGCAAGAAUACACAAUGCUAGACUACUAUGACCGCCCUUUCGGCUGGCCUAAGGGUGGCUUCCCCGGUAUUCAAGGCCCCUUUUAUUGUGGUGUCGGUACCGGCAACGUCUUUGCCCGUGAUAUCGUCGAGGCCCACUACAAGGCCUGUCUCUACGCCGGUAUCAACAUUUCUGGUGUGAAUGCCGAGGUCAUGCCUUCUCAAUGGGAAUACCAGGUUGGUCCUUGCCGCGGUAUCUCAAUGAGCGACCAACUCUGGAUGUCUCGUUUCCUUCUUCACCGUAUUGCCGAAGAUUUUGGUGUCAAGAUCUCUUUCCAUCCCAAGCCUAUUUUGGGUGACUGGAAUGGUGCUGGUUGCCACACAAACAUCUCCACCAAGGAUAGCCGUGCCGAAGGUGGUAUGAAGGUCAUCGAGCAAUACCUCGAAAAGUUCGCCAAGCGUCAUAUGGACCACAUCAAGGUUUAUGGUGAAGAUAAUGACUUGCGUCUCACCGGUAAACAUGAAACUGGUGCCAUUGAUAAAUUCAAUUAUGGUAUUGCUGACCGUGGUGCCUCUGUUCGUAUCCCCCGUUCCGUCGCUAUGAAGGGUUGCGGUUACUUUGAGGAUCGCCGUCCUGCUUCCUCCAUCGACCCUUACCUUGUCACUGGUAUUAUUGCUGAAACUAUGUUUGAAUGCUAA